AUGGAGGCGCGCCCUACUUGGGAUUGGUCCUCGGUUGGGGAUAAUUCUGCUCGACAGCCUGAAACAGAGCCACGUGCAGCGACACCAGAGCCUACAACGCGAUGGGCAUCUCCUCCAAAGCCUGAUACAACCUCUAACCAGGAGUCUCGAAGCGCGCCGAGGCAGAGGCGCUACGGCCCGCGCACAUGUCGUAUAUGUCUCGACACCGAAGAGCCCAGGUUUCCUGAACAGUCAACAACGUUUGGCAUUCCUACAAGUUCAUCUCGGCCUACAUACGUCUCCGACGAUCCCGAACUGGGAAGAUUACUAUCACCAUGCAAGUGUAAGGGUUCGCAGAAAUAUGUUCAUGAAGGAUGUCUCAACGCUUGGAGACUCGCAAACCCCAUGGCAGCAAGGAACUACUGGCAGUGCCCGACUUGCAAGUUUACGUAUCGCAUUUCUCGACUCCACUGGGGUUCCGUUUUGAGCAGCAAGUGGGCGCAGGUUGCUUUGACCGUCUGGUUCUGUAUACUGAGCAUUUUUGUCCUCGGAUUUAUCGCAGAUCCCCUCUUUGAUCUUUGGUCCGACCCAAUUGGAACCAUCGGCGAAACUGUCACAAGCGUGGUUACAGAUAUCGAGGCCUUGAGACAACCUCCACCACAAUUACCAACCUCUUGGUUCGAGCACUUCGUUAAGGGCUUCUUCUCCCUGGGAAUUGUCGGGCUAUUCAAGACGAUGCUUACUGUAUCUCCCUUCAGUUGGUGGCAGAUCCGAAGCAGCGGCGUGGCAGGUGGUGGUGGAAGGAGAGGAGGCACUGGCCGAAACCGUGUCGAGAACAUCAACCUCAUUUUUGUACUCAUUGGUGCAUUCACGUUUCUUGUGGGCAUCUGGAAAUUUGUUCAGAAGCUGAGUGCACGCGUGCUCAAGAAUGUGAGCGACAGGGUUGUUGACGUCGGCGAAGACGAUGACGAAGAUGAAGAUAUCGGCGAUGGACCGAACCAAGGAAGUAAGAAAGAUCAAUGA